ACAAACUCAAACUUCCACAUCGUUCAGAUCGAAAUUUCAAACAAGAAUUUAAUCCUAUACGCAGACGACGCGCGACGUCGCGGGAAACUGGGAGAUAAAAUGGCAAAGAUGGUUUUCCCGUAUGAAAUUAAAAAUGUCACCGAAGAAGAAGAUAAAUUAGCGAAGAAAUAUUACAAAGGUUACAUUCGACCAUUCAUUCGAGUGGGUCCGCACGGCUACUUCUGGAUGGCGGGCUAUGGUGAUCACGCUGCAGACAUAUACAACCUCGAUGUGAGACCCGAUGAUAUUUGGGUGGUUGCCUUCUCUAGAUCAGGUACGACAUGGCUACAAGAAUUGCUAUGGCUUCUGGAGAAUAAUCUAGAUUACGAUGGUGCUGCUAAAACACCUCUCACCAAACGAUACGCAUUUAUUGAAUACCCAACGAUGUCAUCGGAAGUAAAGAAAGGGCCUCCUACAGCGGGAAACAGUUCCGGAGCGACGGUCGAUGACUUUAGGAACUUCCACACGCUUCAAUCUCCACGAUUCGUCAAAACCCACCUGCCUUUGUCGCUGCUUCCGCCUAAACUACUUGAUACUGCAAAGGUGUUCUACAUAGCGAGGGAUCCCCGCGAUGUGGCCGUAUCGUUCCACUUCAUGCACAAGCUGUUCAGGUACUUCGACGAGGAUGUUCAGUUCACUGAAUUUUGGGAGCUAUUCAAGAAGGACUUAUUGCUACAUAUGCCACUGUUUCCGCACAUUGAAGAAGCUUGGACAAAACGUGAUCACCCUAACAUGACGUUCCUAUUCUACGAAGAAAUGCAAAAGGAUCUGUGUAGUGUCAUAGACAAAGUGUCCAAAGCUUUGGGCAAGGAGUAUACAAACGAACAGAAGAAAAAGUUGGCAGAACAUCUGAAUUUCGAAAAUAUGAAAAAAUCAUCCACCCUUAAGUACGGCAAAGAAGAUAAGGACACCGAAAUCAAGUUCAUGAGGAAGGGUCUCUCCGGAAACUGGGUGAAGUACUUCAACACUGACGAGCUGAAGCGAGAGGCUGAGGAGUACAUGGAAACCCAUCUAAGCAAGACCGACUUGACAUUCCCUGACCUGGCUUAAUUUUAAAAACUUUUUUUUUAAUAAA